AUGGACCUUGCAUUGCCAGCGAAGGACUAUGGUGGUGUUGAUAUCGGCCGAAGAAAUGGUAACGCUGCGACGGAGGUCGUUGUUGGCAAGUAUGACGCCUCUCAUGCAUCAAGUCCGGCAGAGGCCACGGAGGCGAGCGGGACAACUACCGGCUCUGCCGAAAACGAUGGGAGACCUGCCCUUCCCACAGAGAAGCAGCAGCAGCAAGAAGACCUGUUGCAGAAGAACAUAUACGAUCUCUCCAUUGCCCAGAACUACUCCCAGUCUGUCGGCGCGGCCCAGCUCCUACGCUGGGUCACCGAGCACACGCAGCUCAUCUCGAAUCCUCCGUACGCAGACUGGCGAUGCUCCCUGACCAUCGGAAGCACGGGCGCUCUAGAGCAGGCAUUCCGCAUGCUCUGCGAGGGCAACCACAAUGGAGGGAGAGGAGAUGUCAUAUUAACCGAGGAGUUCAGUUUCGCCACGGCACUCGAGACUGCACGGCCUCUUGGGAUCGGGGUUUCCGGGGUGCCCAUGGACGACGAAGGCCUGCUUCCAAAGGCCAUGGAUGAAAUCCUGACAGGGUGGACGGAUGGUAGGAAACCGACCGUGCUGUACACGGUGCCGUCUGGACAGAAUCCUACGGGAGCGACACAGGGCGAACAGAGACGGCGGGAGAUCUACGCCGUCUGUCGAAAGCAUGACGUCUACAUCAUCGAGGACGAGCCGUAUUACUUCCUGCACAUGCCACCAUUUCAGAAGCAGGGCAUCUCUGAAAAAGCUGGAAACGCAGCUCAGCAAGAUCAGGAUAUUGAUGCUUUUGUUCAGUCCCUUCCGCCGACAUACCUCAGCCUGGACCUCGAUGGGCGCGUCAUGCGCCUUGAUUCGUUCAGCAAGAACCUCAUCCCUGGUUCGCGGCUGGGCUGGGUGACUGCAAGCCAGCAGAUGGUUGAGCAGUACUUGAGACACGCCGAGUGUAAUAGUCAGGGGCCCAGUGGGCUUUCACAGCUCAUCGUGCAGAAGCUCGUGGACGAGACGUGGGGCCAUGAUGGGUUUCUGCGGUGGCUGCUUCACCUUAGGGACGAGUAUACCGUGAGGAGAGAUGUGCUACUGGAUGCGUGCAACAGGCAACUUGGCGUCCUGCGUUGCAGCGAUGGAAAUGCCGGCAACGAUGCCCUAGUAAAGUGGACUGUCCCUAGGGCGGGCAUGUUUCUGUGGCUUCAAGUCAACCAUGCGGCUCACCCAGACGCUUCUACCAAGUCCGUCGUCGAGAUCGAGGAGGAGAUCUACAACGCCUGCAUCGACAAGGGAGUCCUGGUCUGUCGUGGGUCGUGGUUCCGCGCUGAUCCAAGCAAGCCUCUCCCGGGCAUGUAUUUCCGCACGACAUACGCAGCAUCAACCGAGGAGAAUAUGGUCAAGGGCAUUGAGAGAUUUGGUCAGGCAAUCCGAGACAGUUUCCGGCUAUCGUAG